AUGCCGUCCAUUCCAAGAGCAGAUCCACCAUUGGUCGACAUCCCAGAGUCCUACAAAUCACUGCCGGUCCAACAUAUCAAAAUCUCACAUUACCCAGAAGAUGCACCAACAGCAACCCCAGUAAUCGUGGUCACGCUCAACCGACCCAAACAACGCAAUGCAUUCACGCUGCAAAUGAUGAAGGAUUUCGAGCUGUGCUAUCCAAUGUUCGACCUUGACGAGCGCGUCAAAGCCAUCGUUCUCACAGGCAGCGGAGAUGCCUUCUGCGCAGGAGCUGACUUGGAUAUUGGGUUCAACUCUGGAGGGGAAAGAGAGAGGUUGGUUGAUCACAGAGAUAGCGGUGGUCGAUUGAACUUGGCUAUCUUUCGCUGCCGGAAGCCCACGAUUGUGGCUUUGAAUGGGCCGGCGGUUGGGCUUGGGAUGACUAUGACUCUUGCCGCGACCAUUAGGAUCGCGCAUGCGUCUUCCAAAUACGGUUUCGUCUUCGCCCGACGAGGAAUCACCAUGGAGUCAAACUCGUCUUACUUACUCCCUCGCCUGAUCGGAUACUCAAAUGCCAUGUAUCUGCUUUCAACGGGAGAUGUCUUCCGUGGGGACUCCAAGUACCUCGCUCAGCUAUUCCAAGAAGUUAUCGAAGACAAACAAGAAGUCCUCAACAGGGCUUUGCAGUUGGCGUCCAACAUCGCAGAGAAUGUCAGCGUCAUGGCCUCAUACCUGAACCGAGAGUUGAUGUGGAGAGGCCCACCGAGCAUCGAGGAAACGCAUCUUUUGGAUAGCGCAGUCUUGUAUCACAUGUUCGCGAAUCGGGACUGCGCGGAGGGAGUCAAGAGCUUCUUUGAGAAGAGAAAGCCCAAGUUCGAGGCGACGUUGGAGAAAGACGGACCGCCGUUCUUCCCUUGGUGGACUGAAGUCGACACGGGCAGUAGGGCGAAGAGAGCGGGCCCGAAGUUGUAA